AUAACACAAAGUUGGCUUUUAAGCAAGUAAUUUUAAAUUUGGACUUCCUCAUACUUUGUUGCUUAUUUCUUUUGGUUUUUCAUUGUUUUUGUUUCUUGAAGCUGGUUUUUUUGUUCUGCUCUUCUGUUUGCAUUUGUGUUUGCUCGGAAGUAGCAGAACUGCAAAACCCAAGCCUUCCUGUAAGGUUUUAAUCACUUGCUUAUUACUCCAUCCGAUCCAAGCCGAGCCGAGCCGAGCCGAGCCAAAAUGUCGGAUUUAUCUACAGGUAACGAUGACAAAAGCGUAGCGAAGUCAAGUAGCUUCAAGUUCUUCGGGCUUAAUAGCCCGGCCCGUACCCCGUCAUCCAAGAAAAAGGCAAAUCCUUUCAGUAAGAUGUUCUCCCGCAGCAAGAAGAUAGAUAAGCAAAAUAUACCGGAUGACGAUGCUGAAAGCGAUCCAAGUAUCACCAGUACUGAACAUAAUUCUGGGAUGAUAGAAGAGACUGUUACGACGUCGUUGGCAACUAUGCUACAUAAUGUAGAAGAAGCUGCUCCAAAAGUCAUUGAAGAAGUGGUUCGUCAUGUUAAUCCAGAAAACUUGGUUCAACAAAUGACAAAAGCAAACCCCGUGGCAGAAUUCAAAGAGUCUGCACCAGUAAUAGAUGAGAAGAAACCUGCUGAGUUCUUUAACAAAUUCGUGGAAAAGGCCAAAAAAACCAAGGAGGAGGUUAAAGAACAACUACACAAAUUUGCCAAUGAAGGAAGCCAAGCAUACAAAGCAAUAACAACAACAUCAAAAGAUCACAAGACUGAGCCACCACAACUACAACCUCUAGAAAAGGCUGUCAAUGUUAUUGACGAAUCAAACGCGCCACCGGUGCCGUUGUCUAGCCUAGCUCAAGGGGUGCAAGAUGAAGUAGUCGAUGCCGCGACCGGGGCGGUGACUCGGGCGAAAACGGUGGAAACCACUAAUCAAGGGGGGGAGCAAGAGGAGGAGAAGAAGAUAGAGGUGGAGGAUAAUUGUGUAACCUCUUUGGCACAAGGACUACAAAAGAUUUGUGGUCAAUGGAGCAACAAAAAAGAAGACUAGUAUUUUAAUUUUAUUUUGUGAUGGAAUUAUGGAUAUAUGUAAAUAUAUCCAAUGUUGUAUAAUUAAUUGGUUUUUUUUUUUUUUUUUUGCGUAUUUAAUUAACUUUGUAUUGGUUACAAGGUUGCAUGUAUGACCUUGAUGGUGUGGAGUGAUUGCAUUCAAGGGAGAUUUGUGAAUACCAUGAUAUUAAUUGAUCUUUUUAUUUGUUCCAU